AAGUAACUAAUUAGUCCAAUAGAUUCAGAUUUCCACAAGCUGAGUUAGAGUCCACACUACCGGCAAAAAGAUAUAUGAAGAAGAAGAAGAAGAUAUUUUUCUGGUUAGGGUUUUUGGGUGUAUUCUCUCUCUCUCUCUCUCUCUAAAAAAUGGCGGCUUUUUUCUCUCUCUAUCCCUUCAAUACCAUUCUCUGCACUCCUUUGAACGUCUCAGUUUCGCACUUGACCGUACAGUCCCUCUCAAAUUUUAUUGGAGGAAGCGGGGGUGGAAUUGUUAAGCCGAGGGGCAGAACGUGCAGGUUCGUGGCGCUGUCGACGCACUCGACCCCUAGAAUCCUCAAGUCCAACCGGAGAUCGCGCUACGGCCACCUACUUUCGCCGUUCGAUACUGACGACGAGGAUUUUGAUGAUGAAGACGACGAGGUGAAGGAUGAUUCUUCGGCGCCCAAUGAUGACUUUGCCAAAACUGCAGAACUUGAUCUUAAGGGAAAGAGAUUGAAGUCCCAGCAUGAAACAAGAAAAGGUAAACAGAGACAACCAGAGAGAGACUGGAGCUUCAGAGCAUCCAAACCUGGACAAAGCCUCAAAAUUGAUGAAGAUCAAUUGGAUGCGAGAAAUGACGAGAACACUAUACAAAGGAGUGACAUUGGAGAUUCCUAUCAUGAUUUCAAUGAAACAGAGGAAAUCAGAUCCGUAGAUAUGAAUGGCAGAGGGAAGUUGAUGACAAGGAAAUCUAUGGAGAACAAAUAUCCUCGGCUAUGUGAAGAAAUAGAUUUGGAUAAAAAAUGGUUACCCCUUCUUGAUUACUUGACCACAUUUGGCCUUAAGGAAUCACACUUUAUACAAAUGUAUGAAAGGCACAUGCCUUCCCUUCAAAUUAAUGUGUGUUCCGCACGAGAAAGGUUGGAAUACUUGUUGAGUAUUGGUGUCAAACAUAGAGAUGUGAGAAGAAUACUUUUGAGGCAGCCGCAAAUUUUGGAGUACACAGUAGAGAACAAUUUGAAGUCCCAUGUUUCUUUCUUGCUGGGUUUGGGCAUUCCAAGUUCCAGAGUAGGGCAGAUAAUUUCAGCUGCACCAUCUCUAUUUUCUUACAGUAUUGAGAACUCAUUGAAACCCACAGUUAGAUAUUUGGUUGAGGAGGUCGGCAUCAAGGAAAAAGCUUUAGGUAAAGUCAUACAACUUAGCCCUCAAAUCCUGGUCCAACGCAUUGGCAUAUCGUGGAACACGCGUUAUACUUUUCUGUCAAAGGAAUUGGGAGCACCAAGAGAUAGUAUAGUCAAAAUGGUGACUAAACAUCCUCAGCUCCUCCAUUACAGUAUUGAUGAUGGAUUACUGCCUAGGAUCAAUUUCCUGAGGGGUAUAGGGAUGUGUAAUUCUGACAUCUUGAAAGUUUUGACCAGCCUUACACAGGUAUUAUCCUUAUCAUUGGAGCAGAAUCUGAAGCCUAAGUAUAUGUACUUGAUCAAUGAACUUCGUAACGAGGUGCAUUCCUUGACAAAAUAUCCUAUGUACUUAAGUUUGUCUUUGGACCAGAGAAUUCGUCCUCGCCAUAGAUUCUUGGUUGCCCUUAAGAAAGCUCCAAAGGGGCCAUUUCCUCUCAGUUCACUGGUUCCAACUGAUGAAUGCUUUUGUCAGCAGUGGGCUGGAACCAGUUUAGAUAAAUAUUUGGCUUUUCGGCAGAGACUACUACUCAAGGAGUUUGCAAAGAAAUACGAAAAGAAAGGAUAACACUCUGCCCUCUCUAUUGUGUCCUUGGCUUACGAUACAAGUAUUUGAAUAGCAGUCUCUUCAUUAACUUCGGCAACAAAAAACUUUUUUUUGUUUAAUUUCACUGAGGUUUUAGUGAAUCUCAGCAUCUUUGACUUUUGUAAGCCUCUAGUAAGUAAAUGCUAUGCCAUGGUUUGGCGAAGAGGUACUCAGCACUGUAAUUGGUGCUGAAGCUGCUCGAGUGGCAAAGUUGAUGUUUGAAGGCGAGAGUUAUUUUCUAAGCUCUGGUUAUCUAAAGGCGAGACGGCAUCAUCAAAAAGGCUGUUAUGUGGAAGAGUUUUAGAUCCUUGAACAAGAAAGUGAAUGAAAAUGGAAGUGGCAUGUUGUCAAACGAUGCGGUUUACAAGCGCCAGAUAGUGGAUAUAUGCGGGAGUUUCUUCUUCCUUUCUUUCUUUUUUCCUAAUCUGUAUAUAUUUUGGAGUUAGACCCCAUUUGAUAGUUCCCAUGAAUGAUUUUGUCAAUGUAAAAGGUUGUAUUAGUUGAUUGCUACAUUAUGCAUCCGAGCUUCUCCA